AUGCCUUUGCAAUCCUAUCUCUCAUGCACCUGCGAGAGCUUCAACUGCAAGUACAACCCAGAUGGUAGCGGACAAAAGCUUCAAACCGCUCAAACGGCUACCAGGCAUCAGCGUGCAGAUGAGAUUCUCGUGCCUCAAGCAGAUGCUUUGGGUCAGGCAUAUGGGUUAUCAGAGGACCUUACCAUUACUGAUAGUCUGGAGCAUGUAGGAAAUGCACACCAGCCCCCAGAUGAUCCAGGGGCUGAUUUCGACAACAAUUCAGACCAUGGCAACAAUGAUGCGGGGGACGAAGACAUAUUGCCGGAUGAUGAAGCUAACAAUAACCUCAGACUCGAAGCACAGCCUCAUUUUCCUGAGCUCGAUGAUCUUUUUGAAAGAUGGGAUGAGCCCUAUCCUGCCAACGAUGACCCAGGUGCAUUCAGCUCUGACCCUGAUGCUGAAAUCUUUGAACACCUUGGACAACUGAACCUUGAAGAUCCGGUGAACUCUGAUGAAGAACUUGGAAUGCCAGCUGAGGGCAACCACAAUGAUGAAUUCCGCCCCGACAAUGACGAGCGACUGAAUGACAUCGAUGUGGCCCUUUUCGUUUCACAGGGCGCUAAUUUUGAUUUCUCAGAUGUCUAUGAAGAUGCUGACAUUCACGCCUCACCCCCUCCCUGUAUGAACGAUCACCCGGCGGUCCAUAAUGCUUACAUUUGGGCCUUUAUUUCAGCAGCAUUCUAUAAUGCUACCCACACAGCUGUGUACCAUGACCUCGAAGGCAAGGAACACCUCCUCCACACAGCUCAACAAGCAAACCCGGAUAUCGAAUAUCCGGGCCUAGAUAAUUUUGCUCGCACACUGCCUACCCUCCUCAAGUGCCUUGGUCUGUCAAUGGACCAGUUUAUCAUCUAUUUCUUUGUCUGCGACAUUUGCUGGAAGCUUCAUCAUCCCUCUGUACUUUCUGAACUCGAGUCUCCUGAGUGCACUAUCGAUGACUGUGAUGGCACAUUGUAUAGGCAGAAAUGCCUCUCUGACGGCACACUAAAACGAACACCAAUGAAGCUUGUGCCAUAUGUCCCCCCAGAACGUGCACUACAGCGCCUUUUCUUACGGCCUGGCAAGUGGGAGCAAUUUCAGCAUUGGCGUGGUCCGGAGGACCAACUGGGUCUUGUACCUCCCAUUCCUGGUCGAGGCUAUGACUUGUUUCCAGACCCCUCGAAGCCAAUGCAAGAUAUUUACGAUGGAUACGGUUGGCGCAUGAUUCAAGCAGGGUUAGAAUGCCAACGAGGUGGACCCUGGGAGAUAGAAGAUGUUGAUGUCCACGAGCUACAUCAAUGCUUCAUGUCUCUGCCCUGUGGCUUAGUCUGGCAAAUCAACAUAGACUGGUUUCAAACUGUCAAAGGCAAAUCCGGUUAUCACUCGACUGGGGCUUUCUACGCUGUCAUUUGCAACAACCCACGCGAGAUUCAAUACCUUGCCGAAGAGACCAUUCUUCUCAUGGUCAUUCCUGGACCUGACGAGCCUUCCCUAGAACAGAUGAACUACCUGAUCAAGCCCUUCGUCGAGAGAGUAGAAUUCAGGGUCAAUGGCCACGAGGAUCCAGAAGUCUCACAUUCGCACUUAUACUGCAACGUCUCUGAUCUUCCCUCCAGCCGUAAAACCAGUGGUCUUCAAGGCCAUAACUCAAAAUUUUUCAUGUGUCCAACCUGCAAGAAACCCUUCUUCUUGCUUUCCCAUCCCAGCUGUUUUGACCACGAAACCUUUCAGUAUAGAGAUGAAUGGAGAUAUAUUAAGUAUUCAUUUCAUGCACGCACUGCAGACCCUCCUACAGCCAAAGAUAUCAGCAACAAUCGAGGGGUUCGUUGGUCGACACUAAACUACCUUCCAGGCUGGAUGCCAGCCCGCAGUUCAGUUAUCGAGUUCAUGCAUGCAGUUUUCCUCACUAUGGUCAAGCAUCUCAAUAGAAUCAUUAUCCUCAAGUCCGGUCUUCUAAACAGAACAAGACAUAUCAGACCCAUGGAGAAACUCGAGGAUUUCUUCUCUAGACUCGUGUGGCCUGUUGAGGCAACUCGACUACCACCCUCACUCGCAACUGGAAAAGGGUCCCCUAAGGCCGACCAAUGGCGCAAUCAAAUCUUAGUUCUUUUCAUUGCACUUUACGAUGCAUGGCAAGUCAACGGUGAAGUACCUGACCGUGACGCACCUCCUUCAGCAUCUAACACGAAAAAUCAUGCUGCACAAGCUACAAUGCAAAAGACACUUCGCUCACGGCUGAUGGAGCUUCUCCUCGCUCAUAAUCAGCAUCCAUCAGAUGCCGAAAUUGCUCGUGUCAACACUGCCAAAAUGGACCGCAGCUUGCAUCACCACUAUGGUGUCAUCCUCAAGUUCUCUGCUGCCAUUCGCAUCCUAUCCUUGCAGUCCAUCAGUCCAAACGAUGUUCGCAGAGGAAGCACUGCAUUAUCUUGUGCAACGCAGGGCUGGGCUCGCAUGGGGUGUCAUUUGACACCCUAUUAUCAUUUUGGUAUGCAUUUUGCAGAGCAGAUGUAUGAAUUUGGUCCGUGUUAUGCCACAUGGGCUUUUGCCUUUGAACGACACAAUGGAAAGCUUGCGAGGGUCAACCACAAUCAGCACAAGGGAGGUGAGCUCGAGGCAAUGCUGAUGCAACGAUGGUGGAGUAUUAUGUUCAAUUAUGACCUUAUCCUCCAUAUCAAAGCCCUUCCUAACCGCACUGAGGACGAUGAGGAUUCUCUUCGGCUCCUCCAGAUGUCACUCAAGGCACAGCAAAAAGACGGGCAAGACCAAUUGAUUUUUGCCAAGCACCCAAAAAAACUCAGCUUAUCGGCCAUCAGCGGUGAGAUAUAUCGGAUUGUCAUCAUCGGAGAAGGCGAGAACUUCAUGGGUCGUGCCAAGUGUUACUCUCACGUGUGGCUGAAGAAACUUCGGUAUGGUGCUGCUACUGCUCACCGAGGAAAAUCAGCACGCUACGCAUACAUUCAUGAACGUGAGCCUGCAGAGAUUCAGUACCUCCUGCAGGUCUUGCAUGACCGACUCGAUGCUGAUGCAGAACCUCUUAUUGCUGAUCUCGCUGUUGUAUGGCGAUUCAUUUCAGAUGAUGAUAUACCCGACUUUCCAUGGGCACUUUGGGCAACAGAUUUAGGUGUCGCUGUAUGGCUCGCAGAACAUCUUGCCGAUUCAGAGGUCAUUCCCCUCACUGCUUUGUCUGGACACUUUGUCCUCACUCCCAUUGAGGUGCGCAACCAGAAGUUUUGGAUCACAGUUGCAUAUGAUCAUACCAACCCAGAAGGAGAUGUCGAGGUUGACAAUGAUUGA